UUAUUUAUAUUUGGCCAAUCGGAUGGCUGGAACUGUUAAGGGUGUGGCGUGAUUAAUUGUUCAGGAAGCUAUUAACGUACCCAGCGCGAAUUUCAAGCGUGGUGGUUGUUUGCCCCGAAGAUGACGAUGGUGUUGGAUGGGAUCGCCCAGCGGAUAGAGUUCUGUAGCUCCGGAGACGAUGGAAGCAGCAGUGAUGAAGUUUUUGACUACUGCCUCUCUAGGAACUCCUCCAACCAGAGUUCAGGUUCUGCUUGCAGGACCCCCAGGGUGAAUCGCCAACGCAGUAGAAGUAUCGCACAAUCCUUCAGCCCUAUCCCUUACACGGCCUUGACAAAUCUAAGGCUCUUUGACUCUCCAAGUACACCGAAGAGUCUUCUGUCUAAGUCGUCUGAUCCUCACUCCAUCUCCAAGUUAAGAGUUAGUCAAAGAGUCCUGCGAUCGUCCCUUAAGUUUGCAGACUCAAGCCUUGGGAACAGCCACACUCCUGAUGUCAACGUGAACCCCUACACCCCCAGCACCCUUACCAGAGGCAGUGAGCCACACAAGAGGAAGAAUUUUAGAAGUGACGACGAUGAUUAUGAACAUGAGUAUGCUCAGAGAUUGAAACACACCCUUGAAUCGUCUGAGGAGGAGGAUGAUGAAGCCUUCCUCCCGCCAAAGAGGCAGGCUGUCCAGGCCUUCAUGCUGUCACGGUACCAGAGUGAGUUCUUGGAGCUGGAACAAAUAGGAAUGGGGGAGUUCGGAGCCGUCUUCAAGUGUGUGAAGAGACUCGAUGGCUGCUUUUACGCCAUCAAACGUCUUCGCAGACCGCUCGCAGGAUCAGCAAAUGAACAGUUGGCUCUAAAGGAAGUUUACGCACACGCCGUUCUUGGCCUUCAUCCUCACGUAGUUCGCUACUAUUCGGCAUGGGCCGAAGAUGACCACAUGAUUAUUCAGAAUGAAUAUUGUGAUGGUGGAAGCUUAUACGACUCCAUUGUGAAGAAGGAGGCCCAGGGGGAGCUGUUCUCAGAGGAGGAACUCAAGGACCUUCUCCUGCAGGUGUCCUUGGGUCUGAAGUACAUCCACAGCUCAGGCCUCGCCCACCUGGACAUCAAGCCAAGCAACAUAUUCAUAUGCCAGCAGAACGGCAAAAGUGCAGAGUAUGAAGGGGACACUGAUGAAGAAGAUGGAAGCUUUUCAGCAGGCGUCAUCUAUAAAAUCGGGGACUUGGGUCAUGUGACCAAAUUCACCAGUCCAGAAGUUGAGGAGGGAGACAGCCGUUUUCUUGCCAGUGAGAUUUUACAGGAGGAUUAUAGCAAUCUCACUAAGGCAGAUAUCUUUUCCCUGUGUCUCACUGUGCUGUUGGCUGCUGGUGCUCCACCUCUGCCCCAAAAUGGAGAUGAAUGGCACAGCCUUAGGAAGGGUCAGUUGCCAAGCCUGCCCAUGGAGCUCUCUACUCCCUUCAGAAGCCUUCUGCAGUUGUUGCUGGAUCCUGACCCAACCAAACGUCUGUCCGCUCGAGCGCUGUGCAAGCACGUCGUUCUGAAAAAGGAGCAGACAGGGAGACUUGCCACUGAGCUCCGUAUAGAGCUCAAUGUGGAGAAGUUCAGGACAGCCAUGCUUGAAAAGGAGCUCCAGGAAGCCCGCUCAGCAGCGCUGUCCCCAAAGCAGGUGCUUCCUGCAGGCCUGCAGGGACCGACCAACAGUGGGUCUCUACUGAAAGCGGGGAAGAGGCUGAUAGGUAGAAACUCAGGACGGCGAUCCAUGAGCUUUGGCUGUCCGGGGUCUGCAUUUUAAUUAUCAGCGUGAGGAUUAUGCCGGCCCAUUGGACUUCGGAAACGGCUCCUCCUUGUGGGCCAUGUCUGUAGUGAGAAUUUAACUGUACCUUGCAGCAGAAAUGUUUUUUCCGACUAAAUGUGACAACAUAGUCCUGAUGGCAAUAUGAGAACGCCAUCUCCAUGCUCAUUCAUUCAUAGGUGGUGGCUGGCUCUCGUCAAAUUAUCUGGAGGAAACUUCCAGGACAUCAUGGAAGUUUGUAAUUCUGACGAACUCUGGCAGAUUUUUUCAGGGCUACAUUUAAACUAGACCGACUUUUAUAACAGUUUGUAACACAAGCAUGUCCUAUAUUUGUUUUACUCUGUAAAUAAAUUUUUAAGCAUUUUAUCGAACAUCACAUUGGUUGUUUUGUGUAUACUGUUAAA